AUGUUCUUCUCCACAAAGACAUGCAUUGCUACGAUCAUGGUGCUGGCGCUGGUGCUGGCGCAUCAAGGCACCGUUGACUCCAGCCGCCUCUUUCCCAACUCCCAUGGUUGUCCAGAUGGCUAUCAUUUGACAUGCUACGUUCUUCGUAGUUCAGGAGUCUGUAGGUGUAUGCGAGAUCAUCGACUUGUGGAUCACGAAUCCACGGUGGCGAGGAACAGCCUCGUGUCGCCCCAGAUAGCGUGCCCAGAAGGCCAAGUGUGGAUUGGCAAGUUUGGGCACUGCUCCGUCAAGUGA